UCGCCGGCAAAGCCAAGAUGGCGACGGCGAUGCGGGUGGCAGCGGCGGCGGCGGGGGGCCGGCUCGGCGUCCUGGCGGGUGGCUUCCGCACCCCGCUCCGCGGCCUGUGUAGCCAGCCGGUGACGGUGAUGGAGCGCAUCGAGAGCAAGCGCCGGGCGGCGCUGCAGGGCGGAGGCCAGCGCCGCAUCGACGCCCAGCACAAGCGAGGAAAGCUGACGGCCAGGGAGCGGAUCCACCUCUUGCUGGACCCUGGCACCUUUGUGGAGACAGACAUGUUUGUGGAGCACAGAUGUGCGGAUUUCGGAAUGGAUGCGGAGAAGAAUAAGUUCCCUGGGGACAGCGUGGUGACCGGACGGGGCCGGAUCAACGGAAGACUGGUGUAUGUCUUCAGUCAGGAUUUUACAGUCUUCGGCGGGAGUCUGUCAGGAGCACACGCGCAGAAGAUCUGCAAGAUCAUGGACCAGGCGAUGGUGGUGGGGGCCCCCGUGAUUGGGCUCAACGACUCCGGGGGCGCGCGGAUCCAGGAGGGCGUGAUGUCUCUGGCCGGCUACGCAGACAUCUUUCUGAGGAACGUGACGGCGUCGGGCGUCAUCCCCCAGAUCUCGCUGAUCAUGGGCCCCUGUGCCGGCGGCGCCGUCUACUCCCCGGCCCUCACCGACUUCACGUUCAUGGUGAAGGACACCUCCUACCUGUUCAUCACCGGGCCCGACGUGGUCAAGUCUGUCACCAACGAGGACGUCACCCAGGAGCAGCUGGGCGGCGCCAAGACGCACACGACCGUGUCGGGCGUGGCCCACCGGGCGUUUGAGAACGACGUGGACGCGCUGAGCAACCUGCGCGAGUUCUUCAACUUCCUGCCGCUCAGCAACCAGGACGCGGCGCCCGUGCGCGAGUGCCACGACCCCCGCGGCCGGCCGGUGCCCGAGCUGGACACGAUCGUCCCGCUGGAGUCCACCAAGGCCUACGACAUGCUGGACAUCGUGCGCGCGGUGGUGGACGAGCGCGAGUUCUUCGAGAUCAUGCCGCACUACGCCCGCAACCUGGUGGUGGGCUUCGCCCGCAUGGGCGGCAGGACGGUGGGCGUGGUGGGCAACCAGCCCAAGGUGGCCUCGGGGUGUCUGGACAUCAACUCGUCGGUGAAGGGCGCGCGCUUCGUGCGGUUCUGCGACGCCUUCAACAUCCCGCUCGUCACCUUCGUGGACGUCCCCGGCUUCCUGCCUGGCACGGCGCAGGAGUACGGCGGCAUCAUCCGGCACGGCGCCAAGCUGCUGUACGCCUUCGCCGAGGCCACGGUGCCCAAGGUCACCGUCAUCACCCGCAAGGCCUACGGCGGCGCCUACGACGUGAUGAGCUCCAAGCACCUGCUGGGGGACACGAACUACGCGUGGCCCACGGCCGAGAUCGCCGUCAUGGGCGCCAAGGGCGCGGUGGAGAUCAUCUUCAAGGGCGGGGACGUGGAGGCCGCGCAGGCCGAGUACGUGGACAAGUUCGCCAACCCCCUUCCCGCGGCCGUGCGAGGGUUCGUGGACGACAUCAUCCCGCCGUCGUCCACGCGCGCGCGGAUCUGCCACGACCUGGACGUGCUGGUGAGCAAGAAGGUGGCGCGGCCGUGGCGGAAGCACGCCAACAUCCCCCUGUGACGCAGCACGCGCAUUAAAGCCCGCCGCCCCCCACACGCGCCCGCCGUCUGUUCUUAGCGCGGGGGGCCGGGGCGCGCGCCCGGCCUGGGAUCCCCGCGGAGGGCGCAAGGAGCGGAGGGCGGGGCGGCGUCGUGGUUUUCGUCGUUUAUUAAAGGAAAGGUGAAGCAUC